GUGUCGCAGGGGUGGUGUCUCGCCGUUGGCUGUUGUUUUUAGUGUUUUUUUUAAAGCCCUUUUUCCUCCCAGUGUUAAACUGUCAAACCUCAGAUGCAUUUGGGUGGCUUUUGAGCUAGGUCUCGGGAGGAAAAAGUACUUCUUCACACUUUGGAAACAGAGACAAUGAAAUCUUGAGGGUGUGUGUAGUCAGACUUUUGCCAUGGUCCCGAUGCUGGCUCUGUCCAGAUGUUCUCCAGCUUUGAGGUGGACUCUUUCCCUGCGCUGCUCUGCCCUCUCUCUGGGGAGCGCUACCCUGAGCAGCCAGUCCUCCACCACAGCCAGGCCCCAGUUUCUAAGAACCCAGACUGCUCUGUUUCACGAAAGUAAAGCCAAAGCCAGUCCUGACCCAAACAAGCCGGCUUCAGUGUUGGCCUCUGGGUCCGGGCUGGAGGGGGAGCUGUUUGGGAUUGGGAUGUGGUCACUGGGUCUUGGUGCUGUUGGAGCUGCCCUAGCUGGGAUCUUCCUGGCCAACACUGAUAUGUGUCUACCUAAACCUGCCAUGGCAUCGCUGGAGUACCUGGAAGAUGCUGACCUGCGCUCCACCAUUGAUGAUGAUAACGUUGUCAGAGCAAAGAGCCUGUGGGAGAGGAACGGGGCUGUGGUCAUGGCCGUACGACGACCUGGAUGAUUUUUGUGCAGAGAGGAGGCCUCUGAGCUGUCCUCUCUGAAGCCUCAGCUGGAAGAGCUCGGGGUCCCUCUGAUCGCUGUGGUGAAGGAGAACGUCGGCACAGAGAUCCAGGACUUCAGACCGCACUUCGCUGGGGACAUCUACAUAGAUGAAAAGAAACAUUUCUACGGCCCAUUGCAGAGGAGGAUGGGGGGUUUAGGUUUCAUUCGACUUGGAGUGUGGCAGAAUUUCAUGCGGGCCUGGAGGUCUGGUUACCAGGGCAACAUGAACGGCGAGGGCUUCAUCCUCGGGGGAGUGUUUGUCAUCGGGCCAGGAGACCAGGGGAUUCUCCUGGAACACCGUGAGAAAGAGUUUGGCGACAAGGUGGACACUGCAGAUGUUUUAGAGGCCGUCAAGAAAAUUGCUCCAGUGAAAUAGGUUCUUUAGGUGUUAGAAAAAGAGCAGGUACACUCUAUAUAAAUCAUUGCUAGAAUUAAGAAAUAAUUAACAUUUCUAACUUGGCAUGCUGAGUUGUAAUCAAAAUAUGUCCAUCACUGAAAUACUGACAUUAUAAUGACAUUUCCGUCUGUUUGUGUUGUGCAAUAUCACAGUUUUGUCUUUUGCACGUUAAUUUACUGUAGGUUACAAAAAUGGAGCUGUGAAAUGCAGGACAGAGACAAUAAUAUUACAGCAUUUGUCUCUGAGUAUUCCUCUUUACCUCUGCAUACACCCUAGAGAUUAGUUUCUUUUGAAACGGGUAUUAAAAACGGGUAAUAAGGGACUUAAAGGCAGCAUUUUCAUUCAGGUACAUCGAUCAUUAAAUUUAAGGUCAUUUGAAAUCUUCCCUCUAGACAAAAAUCAAUCUAAAGGCUGGAUUUCAUAUGAUUAAUAAUUCUAUUAACAUCUGUUAGUUGGUACAUUUUUAAUAACGUUCUUGUGUGUCAUCUUUGUUUACAUCUCCUGGUCAGGCGCAUGAAUGAGCCUCUAACAUGGUAGACAAGUGUGUCUGUGGUCUGUGUGUGUGAUAAUGACAACCUGGCUCUAAACUCAACAGUGAGAGGAGCAGGUUUGAUGCUCAAACACACAACAGGUUCAGCUACUGUCACCAUGCUGGGGAGUGUUUGUGGUGUCUGAAGCAGGUGUUGCUUUGGUGUGUGUGUGUGUGUUUGAAAGAGAGAGAGAUGGUUCGUACCUGUACAUGUGAAUGCUAGCUGCAGAAAAUAAAAAUAAUAAAUAAGGAAGAACCUCAUCACCGCAUCUUCAUCGUGCUCCUGGUUUUAUUUUUAUUUAAUGUGAAUCUUGGCCUUAAUACCAAUUUACAGAUGUUUGAGGUAGAUUCUCAGAAACAGCAAAAUAACCAACUCUUGUGGAUAUUUUUGUAUUUCUUGUAACCAGACCAUAUAAAUGUGUUAUAUGUCCCAUAUGACACAUAUUUCAGAACUAGUAUGUAGGUUCUCAGCCUCUGCAUCCUCCAAUAAUGGAACAUACAGCCUGUUGGGUAUUCUCCCUUAUGUAUUUCCAGAUUUAUAUCAGUAGACAGUAGAUGCUGUUUCUUUUGUUUCAGAUGAUAGAGAUUUACACUUCAAAUGAUUUUAGAUCAACAGAACUAAAUAUUAUUCUGAUUAUAAUAAGUAAAACCUCAGACUUGUAUUUCUACUGUGCACGGGGCCGUCUGUGUCGAGUGCAUGUGUGAUUUUUGUAUAUAUGUCAAAUCUAUUAAUGUAAGGUGCCACAGUGCCUUAUAUUAAUUUCAAAUAUAUACCCACUCCCUCUUUUUUGUUUAUAGUCCUAUGGUUUAUUCAUCAAAUCACUAAAACAACUAAAAUUAACAAAAUUACAAUUGUCUUCUGAACACACAUUUAGUGAAUAAAUCUGAUUAUUCAAACUGGAUUUAUUAUAUCAGAACAGAAAUGGUGUAGCCACAUACUAAGGCUGGAAAAUGAAGGAAAGUUUCUCAUGUUCUGUGGAGAGCUAGAGAUGGGUCCAAACAUGUCAGUAAAAAAUUUGCGAUUUAGCAUGUUUAAAUCUAAUCCUGUGAAUUAUUUUAUCUCCACACAUCUGAAACAACUACAACCCGUAGAUUUAGCUGUAUAAUGCGGUUCUGUUUGUGUUAGGGUGCUGGGUUUAGCACAGCGUGCGUGGCCAAAACAUACCAUGUAACCAUUCAGAUGACAUUCUCAGAUUAAUCUUUGAUUUAUCUGAUUGUUCUGUGUCUCUGUGGAAGUUGAACAAACCUCUCAUGACUUCUACUUUACUAUCUACUUUUUAGUAAGUUCUUUUCCUUGAGAGCAGGAGGGCGAUGACAUUUAAAAAAAAAAAAAAAAAAAAAAAAAACGUAAACACUGUUUCAUAGUCUCAUAUUAAGCAGACAGGUUUAGACAUUAAUGUUACACAUUUUAUUCUAUUGUUCUGAGUAAAAUACAUUUCACAUCAAGGAAAUAUAUUUCAACACAAUACAAAAUAGAGGGAGAAAACACUGUGCACCAAUAUUGACAAGACUACAUGUGUGUAUGUAAGUUUGUAUGUACAUGAAACAACCAAAAACAUUCAUGAGUGUAACAGAGAUUGUCUUUACAUUUGUGCUUUCAGUAUGCAAAGAUUAGAUUUUUUUUGUCAUGGCAUGCACAACUUAAGUUUAAAUUAGUGGGUGCUCAACCAAUGUGCCAAAAUUCAUUGCUACUAUCUGGAAUAAAGUCAAGUUUAUGAUGAGAUUUUAUUGUAAUAUCAAUAAAAUCAAUGCUAAAAGUCUGACUGUUAACUAAAAUACCAGUUGGGAUUUAUUUAUGUCUUUAAUUUGUUAACUUUGUGUUAAAGACAGUGCUUUGUGAUGUUGAAAAUUUUGGUGUUUCACUGACAAGGUUGA